AUGACUAUGCCGAACAAGCGCAAACUCGUCCAAUAUAGAGAGGCGGAAGACCGUGACGAUAGCUGCACCCAGACCAAUUCUGACGCGAAACCGAACCAACCGUCGUCGCAGCCCCUAACCAAGCGCCUUCGAACUAUAGGCUCGCUGCAUACCCGUGAUAUUAUAUCAACGCUAUCCGACGAGCUACUCAUCCGGAUUCUCUCUUUUCUAGAUGAAAAGACGCUCCUUGGCGUAUCUCCCGUGUCCAGGCGCUUCAACCGCAUCACGUCUGAUUCACAACUAUGGCGACCGCACUACUACCGCCGAUUCAUCUUGCCCCGAGCUCAUAUGAUCCCUGGUUUCCGCACAGGAUCCACCCGGAGCUCCAGUAAGCUACGAUACUCGACCAGCAAGACCAUUUGGGCUGACGGGGGAUGGGGGCGAAGAGGCGGCUUUGUCGGUGGACCCAACGAAACUGCGGCAACUGGUCCUGGGGAGCUCGUAGACUGGAAGAAGCAGUACAAGUUGCGACACAACUGGGCUCGGGGGGCCUGCGCCGUCGACGAAGUUCAGGUCCGUUGUGUCGAACGAGACACCCCUGCGGCAGAAUGGCAGACCAUGGUCAAGGUGGUCGAUGGUCUGGCAGUCACCGUGGAUGGGACCUCGGGCUUGAGGGCGUGGGACCUCAAAACUAGGCGACUUAUUGCACAAGCAGACCUUGGGAACAAUAAGGAGACAAAUCAGCCCAGCUGCUUGGCAGUUGAUGACUUGCUACUUAAUACCGGGAGACUAGAUGUGGCCGUGGGCUUCGAAGACGGCACCUUUGCCAUCUGGAAGUUGGACGUCAAAACUGGAAAGAUUGGUAUACUGUACCAGCAUGCAAAGAAUUAUUUUGGCGAAUUAGUCGCCAUUGCGUAUGCACACCCGUACAUAUUUACGGCUUCGAGGCUUGGAUUUAUUUCUCUGUUUUCGUUUGAGCACCCGGACGACGGGACAGCUUCAACUCGAGAGUCAGAUAUCGGACCCGAGGGCGGUGUGCGCAGGUCAUCAGUGGCUGAGUCUGGAGAGACGGUUCCUCCCCCGGGCUCCCGAUUCACCCAGCCGCGUCUUCUCACCUCGCUCAAGUCUCACACCACACGGCCACCGCUUGCCCUAUCAGUACGUCGCAUGGCAACUUCAGUCAUUGCCUCGAUCGCAUACACCUUUGACGCCGUCGGGGGAUGGUCUAUUGGCAUACAGGACCUGGACAUUAGGCCGUCUGGAUCGGCGACGCCAGAUAUUGUUACCUCGAGAGUUGCCUACACACUGCCAACCCAAACUCGCAGGUCAGCAACGUCAUCCCCGUCCUCUUCACCUUCCCACUCACGGGCCCGCUCUCCAAUACCGCUGGAGCCUGAGGAAGACGGCCCUAUCCGGCUAUGCUACAGUCACCCUUACCUACUUGCCACUUUGCCAGACAACACAUUAGUUCUUCACCUCUGCACCUCGACUGCUUCAUCGCUCUCAAUUUCGCCAGGCAUCCGUCUUUGGGGCCACACCUCGGGCAUCUCCGACGCAGAAAUCACGCCGCGGGGAAAAGCAGUUAGUAUCAGCACGCGUGGCGACGAGAUUCGGGUUUGGGAGCUAGAAGGGCGCGUGAGCGGAAGCAGCGUCGAGGUACGGCCAAGGCGGCCAAGUGAUGAUGGGGAGCGGCGCACCGAGAUGAAAGGUUCUGCGACGCCAAGGAUUGUGGCCGACUUGAAUGAUACGAAGAACUGGGUCGGUUUUGACGAAGAAAUGGUGGUGGUGCUGAAGGAGGCUCGGGACGGACGAGAGAGCUUAAUGGUUUACGACUUUACAUGA